CACACCACACUUCUAUUGUACUAGUCCAAGUCCAACGUUAGUUAGUGCCGCAUAAUGUCAAUAACUAACAAACUAAAACCGGGUCCCCUUUCCUUAACUUGGCACCUCUUUUCGCUUUUCAGCCAAGACUCGUUCGUGUGUUUUUAUUAGUUUCCGACGAUCAUGUCCCUAGUUUGCUUCCAUUCAUUUUUUCGGCGAGUGGCAUCAACAGUACCCUCGCCGUUACUCAACGCCGUUACGUGGACACUUCUGUUAAUUGUUACCGUGGUGUUGGUAUCUCUGGCUACCGGGGUGGCUUUUGUGUUGGCCAUAUCUCCAUCUUCUUCGUUCUCAAAGCCCUGUAACGGUGUUAGGAUUCCUUUGGAUUUUCCCAGAGAGAUGGUGUGCUUGCCGGAACAUGCGGUGAUGAGCAGUUCUCGCUUGGAUUUUUUCUUGCCAACGUUGUUCGCUGCUUUGGUUGUUGCUGCUUCAACUUGCUUGCUUCGUUCAGUGGCCUGUGCUUGAUGUAGUUCGAUACUCUUAAUUAUUUCUCAAUUCGCUUGCAUAGGGUAAAUUAAUUAUCAAUCUGGUUUAUUAUGCAUGUGCGCAACUGAGUUCAUUCACUAAUGUACCAAAAACGAAAAAGUUUAAAUUAAAUGCUUUUUUGCCAUGAA